CGCGAGGUGGGGCGGCGGGCUGAGGAAUCACGCCCCUGCUCCCCUGAUCUCGCUCAGGCUCUUCUCGCUCUUCACUUUGCAGGUGGCUGUGGGAUCCUGGCCUCGGAAGCACGCCGCUCUGUCCGGUGUCCGUCAGCAGAGCCUCUGACCCUGGCGGCCUCGCUUUGCACAUUCUCAGAUUUCCUUGGAUGAUGGCCUGCAUCCGAUGGUCCCGGGACUCUUACCGACUCAGCUCCUCUGGCCCUCAGCAUUUCUCUGGAAUGGCAGUCUGCCACACCUUUCCAGCUGCUUCUUGGCCUGUUGUGUUGUGUCUGCCUCAUCUGUCUGCACCAGGCCCCGAGUGGGCCCCUUCUCCCUCUACUCCUGGCACGCCUCAUGGCAGGUGCCAUUGGCAGAACCCUGGUAAUCCUAUACAGGUGGCAGCCAGUUUCGCCAGUGCACACCCUUGGCAGCAGAUGGAUGGUAGCUCACAGCGACCCUUGGUGGAUUUCUGGAUUGAGAGGCCCUGCUGUGGGAACCCCAUGUGUGUGUAUACCACCAUGAAUCAGAAUAGCACAGUUAAUGAUUCUUCUGGCAGUAAACACAAAAGAGGCCCUCCAGCUGGAUGGAUACCAGACCCCUGGCCCCUCGAGACAGACUUCCACUGGGUGGCCCCCUACCUCAAUAGGGACCUGCCCUUGCCUGAUGAUUAUGAACUCUUCUGCCAGGAUCUCGAAGAAAUUAUUCAAGACCCAAACAACAGUUUUGUUGAGUACCAUGCCACUGUCUCCUGUCCUCUGCCUUCCACAUCAAGCCAGUCUGAGGCCUUUUACCUGCUCCCUCCAACCCCUGCUUGGUCCAGGCCUAACUCUAUAUCCAGAAGUUUUUGGACUGAGCAGCAGCUCAAGGAGAGCUGCCCUGUGCCCCAAGAGCCUGUGACCCAGUCUGGUUCUGCAUAUAGCCCUGAUUGCAGUGCUGUGAGGCCAGCUGCCUCCCAUCCAAAGGAUGCAGACCCCAAACUAGUCUCAGUACUUUCAAAAUCUGUUAACUCCUAUUCCUGACGCUAGAGUUGGCUCAUCCGGGGAGCUGAGAACCUCAGGAAGCAUAAGAGUUCUGAAACCUAAGGGACCAGGGAGUAUCUCUGGGCACCAGACAUCCCACAAGAGCCACUGUCUGUUAUGUUCCCUAGUCCUCUCCCCUGCAUUCUGAGCAUGCUCUGAUGUGCAGCAGUGCUCCUGGUGAUGAAGGGCUGUGCACAGUGCCGGGACCCACAGCAUGCAGACAGCACAGUGGUGUCUAUAGGUGACUCCACUGACCCAUGGCUGGGUAACUAGACAGAGACACAUGUGAGCUUGCCCGGCUCCUGCCAGAAUGUGGGCCUGUGUUGGGCUCCUAGGUGAGGUCCUACCCCGCACCUGGAAGUGCUGUUCCACCUGGCCGGUUCCUACAGGAAAGUUUCUGUAGAUCAGCCCCCAUCAGACUAUAGCACUGUUGCUAGAUGCUACCCCCACAAAGAACUAUGAUGGUGUUUCUGGGCCAUUGCCCUGCUGUCUGACCUGUGAUACUAGACUACAAUGGAAAGAAGACUGCUUGAAGGAAGCCACUGCUCCUUUUUAAAUAAUUUGGUUUUUGGUUUUUGAGACAAUGUUUCACUAUGUAGCGUUGGCUGGCUUGGUACUUAAUAUGUACCACCCUGGCCUUGAUCUCACAACAACAACCCCCCCACCCCACCCCACCCCCACCCCGCCG